AUGGCUAGUAAUCGUAAUAUCCCGAUCGACGUUGUCUUAGCUCGUAUUGCCCAUUAUCUUCGAACACAUAACUAUGAUGACUGCGCAGUUUAUAUCAAUCGUCUAAAUGCGAAUACAUUCCGUAAGAUUGUCACCACAGAUUUAUCAUUCGACACCUUAUUUGCUCAAUUACCAUUUUCAAUCGAAAUCUUUGAAGUAAUCUAUUCGAAAAUGUUUGUCAUCGAUCCGGAUACAUUUCCUCUUCGAAUAUUUAAACCUGAACAAUUAUUAUCGAAAAUGAUUAGUAUCUUUGCAGCAACAUCUCCUUCCGCAUCAUCAAUUCAAGCCAAAUUCAAAGAAUGCUCCAUCGAAAACGAACGCUUGUCGAGCAAUCUCGGCAGCAUCCUUCGGAUUCUCUCUUAUGUUCAACCGAUCUUAUUCAAACGUCUUCUUCGUCAGAAACAAACACUUGAUGAAUGUAUAUCGUAUUUCGAACAACGUCAUUCCACAGCCACUAGUACCUCGACGCUAUCACGAUCCGUAUCACUUACACAUUUAAAUCUCGAAGAUACUCUUCGGCACGAAUUAGAAACAACAAUUACUUGUUGUCAACAGGCAUUGCAUAAACUCGGAACAAAGAGUAUCUCGAUCACAAUGCCAUCACCUUCAUUAUCGGUUCAUUCAACACCAGUUACAUCAAGAAAACAACUUUCACUUUACUCAUCGACAUCGGCAAUUUCCUCAGGAGUACCAUUGCCGCCAGCAAUCAAUUCGUUAGAUGAUAUUCAAGCUCGUCUCUAUCAACAUAAAUCUAUUUUGAAUCAAAUUGAACCAUAUUUAUCACGCACAAAACUCUAUUCAGUUAUCAAUAAUCUCAAUCAGAAAGUAUACAUAGAUAAACAAAUUCUGUUGGCAUAUUCAAAUAUCAAAAUACACGAAAAGCAAAUGCCUCUGAAUGAACCAUUGCUACCCUUAUUUAAACGUUUCGCCUUCGCCUAUGAACGCAUUAUUCAAUUAUGGAGACGAGUAACUGACAGUACGUUAAUUGAUGACUGUACUGAUGAUAUUGUGAUUGAUGAUACAACUGUUCGAGGUGUCAGUAGUACGGGUGGAAUUUGUUUCAAACGAUCGCGAUCUCAAGAAUUUCGACCAUACCAUCAACGAUAUCAAAAUGAACUUUCGCCCUACAAAGACGAUAUGGCAGUACGAAAUGGACAUUCAACUCCACUGCAAUCAUUAGGUCAAAAUGGAAACUCUCGACUACUAUCGUACAGUCCCAUAACUCCUUCAUCUUCAUUUAUACAACAAACAACAGUAUUACCGAAAGCACCUUCAGUUCAAUCGCUGGCAGUACCAACAUCCGAAUCUCUCACUGCUGAUCAUUUAGAAAAAGAGCGAUUGAAAAAUGAUUUACUUCAAUUGAAAAAUGAAUUACAAAAGUCGAAAGAAACCAUCGCUCGUUUACAAAAAAGUGAAGAACAAAUGCGUGAAAGAUUAGCUGAACAAGCACAACGGCAAUUAGAGAAAGGUGGCAAAUUUGAAGAUCUUAAUCAAAUUUCUCGCCCAACAGAACUAAUUCGAUCGUUCAAUACUCUAUAUUCCCAAUUACGAAUCGAUGCACUCGAUGCUUUGGAUAGUAUUCGUGAAUUGUCCAGUGCUGACGAUCUCAAAUCGAAAUUAUUAUUUUCUGUUGUUGUCCUUGCUUUUCGUCAUGCACAAAAUCACGCGAAAGAUGUCCGAAACAAAAUCAAACAACUUCUUCAACUAUCCAAUGAUAAAGGUUCGAUUGUCCUGGAAGAAACAAUUGAAAAAUAUCUAAGAACAACUAUUCAAAAAUAUGAUGUCGGAAAGAUUAUCUCAGAAGUCGAAAAUCAACUGUGGAAUACACUGUACGAUUACCCGCGUUUGAAAACCUGUCAUGAAUUGCUGAAAUACAUUCAUGCGGCUUGUCGAACAGCAUGGGGUUUAGUUAACCAAACGCCUCCAUAUUCUAUCGAAUUUCAAACAACUAAAUAUGAUAAAUCACUACACGAACGUUUUCACACAUCGGAUAAAGAAAGCGAAACUAUUAUCGAAUAUAUCUGGCCUUGUUUAAUCGAUGGACGCGAUCGAACAUGCGUAGCUAAAGGUGUUGUUCUAACUGAAGAUCGUUUAUCGUCUCUAUCAAAGAAUCUCUCCUGUUAG